UCUGACACACAUUCCGUGACUGGGCGUCGCACACGUCUCGGACACUCAGCGCUUCCCAAUCGUGCCGUCGCCGCCUGUUCUUCUGUGCCUGCCGCCUCCUCCUCCCCAUCGUCGCCAUGGCGAGCAACUCCACUGCCAGUACGUCGUCUUUCAUUGCCUCUUCUUCUGUUCCUGAGCCGUCUCCGUCGAGCCCUCCUCCAUCCGAGUCUUCGACAGUUCCCUCACCCUCUGUAGCUCCGUCGUCAGAGCCGUCUGCGACUCCGACGCCGACUCCCACUCCUUCACCGUCAGUGACUGAGCCUUCUUCUUCAGCCGCGCCUCCCUCGUCCGACCAGCCGAGCUCGACGCCCGUGUCCAUACCACCGUCCUCGUCGCCGCCGCCUGCCUCCUCCGCCGCGCCUUCCUCGAACCCGGCCCCGCCGUCUUCCACAGUAGUAGUCACCGCCUCCUCGAUACCGCCCUCGACGCAGAUCAUCACUUCGUAUGUUACACCAAGUGCGACCGUGCCCGGCGAAACCCCAACCCCGUCCAUCAUCGUUGUCACCAUUGUCUCUAGCGCUCCAAACGGAGCUCAGUCCACCAAUGGAUCGCCAGCACAGUCUACCGUGUCAUCCACCGGCACCGCUGGUGCAACGCUCCAGCAACCCGAAGGCAAGGAGAAAUCGGGAGGGCUGGGCACAGGCGGGAAGACAGCUAUCGCCGUAGUGGUGCCCGUGGUCACCAUUGCCAUAAUAGCCAUCGCUGGCCUGCUGCUGUGGAAGCGACGCAAACAAAAGAAGACCGCUGAGGAGGCCCGCAGAAAAGAGGUCGAAGAGUACGGGUUUAACCCUAACAACGACCCCACUCUGCCCGCUGUCGGUAUGCAGUCGGAGAUGGCUGAAGACCAGAGCGGGUACAGAGGCUGGGGAAAUACAACGAACAGCUCCAACCGCAAGGGCUCCACGACUCUGGGAAGCGGCGGCAUGGCCUACUCAGACAGCAACAGCAACCCCGGCGGCUAUCAGAGCCCAGGAUCGCCCACUCAAGGCACCUACUCCGACGGCCACUCCGCCGACCCGUUGGUGAAAGGUCGACGGGAGACCAUGGAUUCGGACGGCAUCGGCGCUCUCGGGGCUGCUCCCGUUGCCAACCAGACCCAGAACGGUGUGCAUCGCGGGCCCUCCAAUGCCUCCUCAUCGUACUCUGCCGCCGACCGAUCAGACAACUCGGGCGACUACCCAAUACCCGUGAACAACCCGCAAGAAUACUACGACAAUAGCGCCUACUAUCAGCCCGGGCCCUACGAUGCCAAUGCGUACGGCGGCGGUCAGCAGCCCGUGAUACGAGAUGUGUCUGCACGGCGGAACACAAGGAUCGAGAAUCCCUCCGUCUUCCCCCAACAAGGGAACUCCGGCAUCUCUCAAAAUUUCUAA